AUGAGUAUGGUUGGGGAGUUGAGCUACUUUUUAGGACUUCAGGUACGUCAGACAGAGGAUGGACUGUUUAUCUCACAGUCUAAGUAUGCUAGGGAUUUGGUUAAGAGAUUUGGGUUAGAUAGUAAGAAACAUACUAGGACACCGAUGAGUACUAGCUUGAAGUUAGGUCAUGAUCCUUCUGGUAAGAGUGUAGAUCCUUCCCUAUAUCGUAGCAUGAUAGGUAGUCUUCUCUAUCUUACAGCUACUAGGCCCGACAUUGCUUUUAGUGUAGGAGUGUGUGCUCGUUUUCAGGCAGAUCCAAAAGAGUCACACCUAAGUUCUGUUAGACGAAUCAUUCGAUAUGUGAGUGGUACUGCGGAUUUAGGGAUUUUCUAUUCUAGGAGUUCCAAUCUUGACUUGGCUGGAUACUCCGACGCCGAUUGGGCCGGAAAUGCAGAUGAUAGGAAAAGUACGACCGGGGGUUGUUUUUACAUGGGUAGCAAUCUCGUAGCUUGGCUAAGAAACAAAACUCAAGGCAGAGGCCGAAUACAUAGCUGCAGGGAGUUGCUGUACUCAGUUUCUUUGGAUGAAACAAAUGCUUACUGA